AUGUCUGACCAGGACACAAACGAGCCCCAGGUUCAGAAAAAGGUGGACUUUUGGGUCUUUAAGUGUUUUUCGCCUCCAGGCAGUAACACUGGCAUUGGGAAGGUGACGGCGGUCGAUCUGGCUCGUAGAGGAGCUCGGGUGGUUCUGGCCUGUCGCAGUAAGGAGCGAGGAGAGGCGGCGCUGGUGGACGUCAAAAGGGAGAGCGGCAGCGACAACGUGGUGUUUAUGCAGCUGGACCUGGGGAGUCUGACGUCUGUUCGCACCUUCGCUGAAACCUUCCUGAAGACUGAGGCCAGACUGGACAUCCUCAUCAACAACGCAGGAGUCUACAUGCAGGGUCGCACCGCCGACGGCCUGGGGAUGAUGUUCGGCGUCAAUCACAUCGGUCACUUCCUGUUGACCCACCUCCUGCUGGAGCGGCUGAAGCGGUGCGGACCCAGCCGGGUGGUCAACGUGUCGUCCACGGCGCAUAACUUCGGAAAGAUCGACUUCGACUGCCUGAAUACCCAUAAGGCUCUGGGGCUGGGAACGUCCUUCAUGGAGGUCCUUCAGGUCUACUCUGACAGUAAACUGUGCAACGUCCUGUUCACCCACGAACUGGCAAAGAAGCUGCAGGGAACCGACGUCACCUGUUAUUCUCUACAUCCAGGAGCCAUCAACACUGAGCUGGCCAGGAACACCAGCUCAGUGUUGCAGAUGUGCCUGAAGCCCUUUACGGCCUUCUUCUUCAAGAACCCGGUCCAGGGGGCUCAGACCACCCUCCACUGUGCUCUGCAGGAGGGACUGGAACCUCUGAGCGGACGCUACUUCUCCAACUGCACCGUGAGGAACGUGUACGCCAAAGCCAAGGACGACGCCGCCGCCAAGAAACUGUGGGAGUUCAGCGAGAGGGUGUGUGGUCUGGUUUAGGAUGUGGUCUGGUUUAGGAUGUGGUCUGGUUUAGAAGGAUGUGGUCUGGUUUAGAAGGAUGUGGUCUGGUUUAGGAUGUGGUCUGGUUUAGGAUGUGGUCUGGAACAGAAGGAUGUGGUCUGGAACAGAAGGAUGUGGUCUGGUUUAGGAUGUGGUCUGGUUUAGGAUGUGGUCUGGAACAGAAGGAUGUGG